ACUAUUAAAUUAUUAAUUGAUUAUAAAAUAAAAAUACCUUUAAGCUAAACUAAAAAAAAAAAGUUAGCUUUAAAAAUCUAAACUAAUUAAAUAUUUGUUUCUUUUAAAGCUUGAAAAAACUGUCAACUAACUUAUGGUUACUCUUUGUUCCCUCCAAAAUGAGCUCUAAACUGUUCACCAUGGCCGUGGCAGUGCCAUAGUCUCUUUCUCAUCUCACUCACUCUCAUGCUCUUUUCUUGCCGGCCUAACUCCUUUCCUGUAUUUCCGUACAGUACCUACAUCUCCUUCCUUAGAUGGCUCUCUACCGGAACCCCAGCUACCGGUGCUCCUUCUAUUGGUCUUCCCCAAAACCGGCUGAACUAUCUCCGUAUGUUCUUUCGUUUGGGCAUGCAGUUCCAGAAUUAUCAAACCAACCAUUACGAACUCGCAUUGCUCUCCGCUCUCAGGUCUUGUUCCUCCAUAUCCAACGAUUUUCUCGGCCAACAAAUCCAUUGUCGUGUUUUGAAAUCUGGGCUCGGAUUUAAUAAUUUUAUUACCAACAGUUUGAUAAGUAUGUAUGCUAAAUGUGGAUUAAUUGGCCAUGCUCGCUCCUUGUUUGAUUCUUGUUCUAGCUUGGAUACUGUCUCUUGUAAUAUUAUGAUUUCUGGGUAUGUUAAAUCUGGCCAUUUGGACAAUGCCCGCCAACUGUUUGAGAUUAUGCCUGAGAAAGAUUGUAUCUCUUACACAACCAUGAUUAUGGGUCUUGCUCGAUUUGAAUGUUGGACUGAAGUAAUUGAAGCUUUUAAGGACAUGAAAUCCUCUGGUAUUUUCCCAAGUGACUUGACAAUGGUGAAUAUACUCUCUGCAUGCUCGCAUAUCGGUGGGAUUUGGGAUUGUCGAAUGCUCCAUGCAUUGCUCAUCAAGCUGCAGUUGCUGAAAUUUGAUUUUGUUUCCACGAAUUUGUUGAACUUUUAUGGUGCUUGUUCGAGUGUUGGGGAGGCAAGGAUUUUAUUCGAAGAAAUGCCUGAACAUGACAUAGUUUCAUGGAAUGCAAUGCUAAAUGGGUAUACAAAAGCAGGUCUUGUUGAUGUAGCUAAACAAUUUUUUGAGACAGUUCCUACAAAAGAUGUGGUUUCGUGGGGUACAAUGAUUGAUAGCUACUUGCAAUUAGAAAUAUUAACUGAAGCUCUAACAGCCUUUGUUGCAAUGCUGAGUACUGGAUUGCGGGCCAAUGAUGUUAUGGUUGUAGACUUAGUUUCAGCUUGUGGGCAAUUUACAGCAUUUGCUGAAGGCCUGCAGCUCCAUGGUAUGAUUGUGAAAGAAGGUUUCGAUUGUUAUGACUUUAUACAGGCAACUAUUAUCAACUUUUAUUCGGCUUGUGGCAGAGUAAGCCUUGCACGUUUGCAGUUUGAAAUUGGUCUCAAGAAUCAUCUCCCAUCUUGGAGUGCACUCAUAGCAGGGUACAUAAGAAAUGGAAUGAUUUACCAGGCAAGGGGAUUAUUUGAUGAGAUGCCUGAAAAGGAUGUUUUCUCAUGGAGCGCCAUGAUUUCUGGUUAUACUCAGAAUGAGCAGCCUGAUGAGGCUCUAGAACUCUUCCAUGGAAUGAAAGAUAGUGGGAUUGAAGCAAAUGAAAUUACAAUGGUGAGUGUUUUGUCUGCAAUAGCUAGUUUAGGCGCACUGGGAGAAGGAAGAUUGGCCCAUGAAUACAUACAUAGUAACUCCAUCCCUCUUAAUGAUAUCUUAAUGACAGCAAUAGUUGACAUGUAUGCUAAGUGUGGGAGCAUAAAUACUGCUUUAGAUAUGUUUCAUCAAUUCCGUGACAAAGUUUCUACUGUCUCACUGUGGAACGCAAUUAUAUGUGGACUCGCUGUUCAUGGACAAGCAGAGUUAUCUCUUGAAAUAUUUUCCAACUUGCAGGGGCGUCAUAUCAAACUCAAUUCAAUCACGUUCAUUGGCGUCUUGAGUGCUUGUUGCCAUUCUGGGUUGGUGGAGGCUGGAGAGAGACAUUUCAAGAGCAUGAAGAAUGUUUACAAUAUAGAACCUGAUAUCAAGCACUAUGGCUGUAUGGUGGAUCUUUUAGGGAGGGUUGGUAGAUUAGAAGCAGCUGAAGAUUUGAUAAAGAGCAUGCCAAUGAAGGCAGAUUUCGUAUUAUGGGGAACAUUAUUAGCAGCGUGCCGAACUCAUGGGAAUAUCGAAAUAGGGGAAAGGGCUGCAGAUAGUAUAGCCAGGUUGGAACCAUUUCAUGGAGCAAGUAGAGUUCUCUUGGCUAACUUAUAUGCAGAUGCAGGGAGAUAUGAGGAAGCCUUUUCAGUAAGAAGAAGCAUGCAGGUUCUAGGAAUGAUGAAUUCUCCUGGGUGUAGCUCCCUUAAAUUAUUACCUUCUACGUCGAAAAAUGUUGCGGCCCCUGAUCGUACAAUCGCAGUAAACCAGGAUGAAGGGGCAUAAGGAAGAAGGCUGUGGAGUUCAAUUUGAAAUUGCAGAAUAAGGAGUCCAUCAAGAACCACUCCAAGGAGAUAAAAUAAGCUGUCAAGUGCUGUGGGUUGCAUUAGAAGUUAGUUUGCUUUGAUUCCAUAGCAACCAUUUCUCAGUUUCCGUUGAUCACCUUAUAUUUAUUUGGAUCACUGUUGUUGACUUACAACUUUGAAUCUUACUUGAUACUUCUUAUAAUUGGAUUCUGUAGUUGUAUUUAAUCAAAGUGAUUUAUUCUCUUGAAAUAUUUGUAUGGUAGUUUUAGGAGAAAUUGCAAGAAUGUCUUGUAUUAAGAAAGUAUUACGCUAGAUGAUAAUGGAUGAAUCGUGAUUUAUCUUUGCA